AUGGCACCCGGCGGUCCACUCAGUCCCGAUGCCUUGCUGCAGGCCAUGGUGGCCGCUCUGCCUAGCAGCCGUUCGGCUUCCCAUACCAGCGAUCCUGACAGCACAGACGCAGCUACAACCACGACGAGCAACGGUCCGGAUCUAUCGAGCCCGUACGAGGCCCUCGCGCUCUUCGCUCACGCCUGCAUGACCCAGCUGGGCUUCCGCCUGGUCGGCUUUGAGGAGGACCGGGUCGAGACGUUUCCCGACGCGCCGCGGCUGCUGGCGCGCUGGAACCGCCAGCCGACGUCGCUCUCGUUUGUCUACGCCCACGCGCAGUCGGCGCUGACCUUUGUCGUGCGCGUCGACCGCAUGGGCGCCAAGGUCGAGAUCCGCGGCCUCGCCACGGGCGCCGAGCGCAUCCAGCGCAUCGAGCUGGUCGUGCAGGACCACAUCGCCACCAGCGAGCUGCCCUGGACGCGAGAAAGCAGCAACAGCAGCAACGAUACCGACACAGAGAGGCUGGCUCGGCUCUUUUUUAGCCGCGACCGCAUGGCCCAGCUGGCCGCCCGAUUCCAGACCGACAUCGUGCAGAAGCUGGUGCCCGGCCUGCACAAAGACGGCUACGAGGAGACGGCCGACGACCGGGAAGCCCGCGAGGACGCCGAGCAGACCGGCCAUCGAGCAGGCGGGCCAGUACCAGCUCUCGGCCAGCCACGGCAGCCUCCGAUCAACCCGUACCAGCCCAACCCGCUGCUGGACCCGCUGGCAGCUCCCCGACGGCCCGCCGUCCCUGCCGGCGACUUUGCGCCGCCCGGCUUCGAGGACGAGUACGAGAUCCAGCGACCGCCGCGUGGAAGUGGCGGCUUAACGGCCGGCGGCAUCCAGCCGCCCAGCAUCGGACAGGACGACCUGCACCCACCCGGACUCGGACCCCACGAUCCGCUGCGGCCGUUUCUGGGCGGCCUCGGCCGUGGAGGAGGAGGUCUGCGGCAGCCCGGCGUCGGCGGCUUCGGAGGCAUGCAUCCCACCUUUGAUGAUCCCCUGUUUGGCGGCCAGAGAGGCGGCGAUGGCGACGGCGACGGGUUCGACCUCCAGAUUCCGCCUGGCGCACGCUACGACGAUCCCACCGGCGGCGUCGGCGGACUGGGGCCGCGAUUUGGCGGUGGGCGACGGUCAGGCGGCCGGGGAUACAAUCCGUAUGGCGGCGGUGGAUUUGGCGGUGGAUUUGGGGAUAUCAUCUAG